AAUGGUGAGUGAGGGAGGGUGUACCACUACAGCAGAAGCCACGAGUCACACACACACUCACCUUGUAGGACGCCACUACCAACGACCCCCUCCUGUGCCUACUCCACCUUUGUUGACAUUUUGAGGUUUAAAAUUACAUUGACUUAAUUUGUAAUCAUUCAAGGGUCAACCAUGACGCGCUAACCUUCGACGGGCGGUUACAACACUAAGACGUUCCUCCCGCCGCCCGAAACUUCCACAGUCUGCCUCAAGAUGGCCCAGCGAUCACCAGGUGGCUCCUCUCUUCUUCUGUUGCCUCUCACUUGUUGCUGCCUCUUACGCCUCGCCCAGGCAGGUGUCAGACUGACCUUGGAGGAAGAGAGGCAGGUAUUCGGGGACAGGAACCCAGUGCCAAUUUACAGCGUGAUAGAGCCUCGUGUGGUGGAGGGAGAGGGGGAGGAAAGACGCCACCCACGCCACACCCGCUCCUCCCACUCCCAAGGCCCUCUCCUACAAUUUAAUGCCCUUGGUCGAUCCUUCAACUUCAAAUUAGAGCCCAAUAGCGACCUCUUAUCCCCUUACUUCGUCCUGAUUGGUCGACACCGUGAGAUGAGGGACAUCCGGCCAAUCAACCAGAGCCAGGUGGCGUGUUUCUACCAAGGUGUCGAACUGACGGAUGGCAACAACACUACCAUCGCCGUCGAGCUGUGUGAUGUUGUGCGAGGAGUCAUUGCCAGUCUGUCGGGAGAGUAUGUAAUCGAGCCGUUACCCGAAGGCGCAUCCCGAAGGAGGCGCCGAAGUAGCACCCAAGGACACCACCAGCAAGAGCAAGAGGGCAUUAAUUCUUAUACCCACGUCAUCUAUGCCAAGGAGGAUAAUGGUGGCUAUACUGCAGUGCCCAAAUCCAGAAAGAGACGAUCCUUCCUGACGCCACUACAGGAGGAAGAGGAGAGAGCCGCACUAGGAUCCCGCCCUGAACGACGCUCUUACUACGACAGCUAUGAACACGUGGUGGACUCCCGCAUGCGGUCAGAGUGGGGCAGCGACCACCACAACAACCGCUAUGAUGACAGGAUUCCUGACAGGAAGGACAAGCGUGGGGAGGACCUGUACAUAGAGACAGCUGUGUUCGUCGACCAGGAUCUGUACCGCCAUAUGCACGAUAACUUCCCCCGAGAUACUGAGGACCAGGUGUUGAAGGUCGUCCUCGCCAUGGUGAACGCGGUCCAACUGCUCUACAAUGACGCCUCCCUCGGCCACAGUGUCAAGUUCGUCCUCAAACGCCUGGAGAUCCUGUACAGUGAUCCUUCUGGUCUCCGCCGCCCCAACGACAUCGACACCUUCCUCACCAACUUCUGUACGUGGCAGCGUCAGGAGAACCCCGCUGACGACGCCCAUCCUAUGCACUGGGACCACGCCCUCAUCCUCACAGGGCUUGAUGUAUUUACUAUCGACAGCAAUGGAAGGGUCAAUUCACAGGUGGUUGGUCUGGCUCCUGUAGCAGGGAUGUGUACUCGCUCGUCCUCCUGUACAGUCAACGAAGGACGCCACUUCGAGUCCGUCUACGUCAUGGCCCACGAGAUUGGUCACAAUUUGGGCAUGCGACACGACGGUCUCCAGGCAGGCAACAACUGUGAUUCUGGGAGGUACCUCAUGUCUCCUACCUUGGGCUCCGGCAAGAUCACCUGGUCACCUUGUUCUAGGAGAUACCUAGACGACUUCCUCAGGUCUUCGCAGGCUUCAUGUGUGAGGGACGUGGCAACUCCUGACCGUCAGCAGAUGGACCACGAGGCGCACUCCCUCCCUGGCCAACGCUUCUCCGCCGACCAGCAGUGUAUGUUGAAGCACGGGACAGGGAGCCAACACGCGAACACCCAGCGCCUGGAGGAGAUCUGUCAGGACCUGCACUGUAAGAGGGACCACUACACUUGGACCUCUCACCCGGCCCUUGAGGGAACUACCUGUGGCCAUCGCAAGUGGUGCCAACGAGGACGAUGUAAAGAAGACCCGAACGCCCCCGGCCUCUCGUCGUCCUCCUCCUCCUCCUCCUCCUCGUCCUACCAGUUGGCCUCUUCCUUGGGGUCGUCCUCGGGGUCGUCGGAAGCAGGCGUAGGAGGGACGUGGGGGUCGUGGUCAAAGUGCAGGUCGUCGUGUCUAUACGGAGUGGAUGGCAUACUGUCAUCUGGUAGCACCGGCCUGGCCCUGUCUGAGAAGCGGUGUAGUAGCUGCAGGGGCGAGUACAGGUACCGUGUGUGUUCAGCGGUGCAGGAUUGUCUUACGGGACAGCGGAAGACCCUACAGGACUUCGCUGACGAGACUUGUAGAAGGCGGUCGAAAAACUCUGCCUUCCUGACGGGGCUGGCUGCCAGGGUCCCUCCAGAAGGGUUGUCUCACUGUGAGGUAGAGUGUGAGACAACAGGUACAGGCAUCCAGGAAUCAGGCGAGAGUUACCCCGAUGGGACGGUCUGUCAGUCACCCACAGCUCUUCCCGCCUUCUGCGUCACCGGCGUUUGUACUGAGUUCCGCUGUGACCCCUACACCCUCUACGGGGCUGAUCCCCUCACCUGCCGACCUGACAUGGGCGUCCCGGACCCACAUCGACCCCUGGGCCCCAAUGACCCACUCUCGAGGCCCCCAACCACCCUUGCCCCAACCCGCAGUACCUCCACCACCACUCGACCGGGGUAUGGAGAUCCACAGUGGAGUUCAUGGAGACCUGCCUCAACCUGCCGCUACAGCUGCCUGACCUCAGCUAAAGGCAUCCAACUGGUGAGCAGGAAGUGUCUGGACUGGAGCUGUACCGGAGUCAGCAAGAACAUCCAGGUCUGCAACCCUCCUAACCCGGUGGACUGCAGCCGCUUGAGGACGACCUUCGAGUACGCUAGUGAGGUCUGUGGGCGCUUCAAGUCAGAAGUGGACCAGCUGUCGGGUGUGGGCAUGCAGCUGGCUAGUACAAGAGAUGACCCAGACCGCGCCUGUACGGUGGCCUGCCAAGAUGCAGUCCUCAACUACCGUUUCUACCGCGUUAAUGGGAAAGAUGGUUGGUUUCCCUUCGGUACUGAUUGCUCUAAGGGCCGCCAGGGGGACAAUUCUUACUGUCUCAACGGCAAGUGUUUGGACUUCUCGGACGAGGGGACGCCGCUCCGUAAUACCAUCUACACGGAGUAUGAGAGGGCGCGAUCACUCGACCUGGAGCCGAUUAUCGAGAGGGACUUCCCCAGGGAGGUGAGGCCCGUGUCCUCCCGCCGAUGGUUGGGUUCUUGGGGGCGCCGACGAAGGGAUGUUAGCUCUUCCUCCUCCUCCUCCUCCUCCGCCUUCAGGGAUCAGAGGGACGCCCUACGCUCCUCCAGGCGACGACGAAGGAAUAUUCUCUCCUCCUCUAAACGACAUCAAAAUGACAUCAAUUCCUCCAGACAAGAAGGGAAGGACGACAGCUCUUCCUCCUCUUCCUCCUCCAGGCGGUGGUCCUCCUGGAGGCGACGGAGACCGAGAGACGUGACCUCUUCCUCCUACCCUAUCUCCAGCACCAUCAGCGACACGCUCCUCCUCACACUCGUCGCUCAGAUCAACGACACAUUGACGUCAGUACACGAGCUAGACAGCAACACACACUUGAGGUCAUCAAUAGACUUCAAGAACCCGCUAUUUGUGGAUCAAGGCCCUCCUCCACCUCCAGCUACAUCAUCUCGAGGACAAGGUAGCAACUUUACGGUGACCCUCAAGCCUCAUACCUUCACCUUGACGCCCCUCAACCCACGAGUCCCCGCUAACAGCACCAGCAGUUUCUCCGGGGCGUUUGAUCAAGAGGUGUUGGGGCCUCGGGAGUACAGGUGGAGGGUGGUGGUGAUGCCCUGUUCCGUCACGUGUGAUGUAGGACUGCAGGAGGUGGUAGUGAUGUGUACUGUUAUAGGAGGAGGCGCUGACGAAGAAGUGACCGAGGCGUCCCUGUGUUCCCCUGACCCACCACCAAUGACCCCGGGCUUCAGGAGGUGCGGGCGUGAGGUGAGGAGGUGCCCGAUCAGACCUCCUCAUUCCUCCCUCAUCGAGAGUACCGCGAUAGGGAAAUGGUUGACUGGAUUAAUACAGGCUGCGAAGGGUGGUAGUAGUGGUAGUAGUAGUAGUAGUAGUACGGGUGGUAGUAGUAGUGGUAGCAUAGUAUAAUUUUUUAUUUUAAGGUAGUAUAAUUCAUAUGGGGUUAUGUGAAGAUUACCCACCCCUAACCUAACCUAACCCAGUACCCUUCAAAUGGUUCCUCUGUAGUAUAAUUGUUUAUAUAUAUAACAAAUACCCCAUUGAUUAAGAAAUUAACGAGGCAUUGUUUUAUUUCCUUAAAAAUCCUGUAAGUUGACAUACGAUUUUUAACUUUAAUGUCAUGGGAUAUCACGUUCUUCCCACGGUAGAGGUAAGAAUAACACUAUCUUCCCCCCGUUCGUUCCUACGUGUUUUUUUUUUUAAAGAUCAAGACAUGUUUCUAACGUGUUCUAGAGGUCAAUAUUUAUGACCCCAGGUUCAUAGGUCAAACUUUUUGUUGUGUAUGUAUAAGCUGUAGUUGUAGUAGUGUUGUGUAGUGUUGAAUUGCUUGUAUUUAAUUGGGGGGGGGGUGUAGAUGAGUAUAGUCCUGUAUCUUGUAUGAAACCAGAUUAGGACGGGGAGCUUUGACGGAGCACUAGAGGGUUUGACGGACGCUGAGUUGGACAGGUAAUGAGUCUGGCAGGUAAUGAGUCUGGCAGGUAAUGAGUCCGACAGGUACUUAGUUGGACAGGUAAUCAGUUUGGCAGGUAAUGACCCUGACAGGUACUUAGUUUGACAGGUAAUGAAUCUAACAGGUACUUAAUUUAACAGGUAAUGAAUCUGACAGGUAUGCAUACGCAACUGGACAGGUGAGAAAGAGCUCAUUAUAAAGAGUGCAAGAACUGAGUGUAAACAGAGAGAGAGAGAGAGAGAGAGAGGUCAGUGUAAACCCUCAAGUGUGAGAGGUGAAACAAAAGCUCUCCGUUCUCCACUGAUUGUUAAGAAGCCAAACAGAUCUCAGAGCUAACGAGUUAUGUGCAGUUAACGCGUAAUCACCCAACUACUGUACACCUUGUUACAAAAAGAAGCUUUAUUGAUAUGAUUGUAAUGUUGUGAGUAAAAUUGUGUUAAUGAGA